UUGGCUGUCUCUAGCAAGCGCACAAGACAGAAACUUGGACGUCUGAGAAACUACCGCAAAGAUGGUGCUGAAAGCAGUCUGUGUGCUGAGGGGAGCUGGAGAGACCACCGGGACUGUUUAUUUUGAGCAGGAGGGUGAUGCAGACGCUGUGAAGGUGACAGGAGAAAUCAAAGGUCUUACCCCUGGUGAACAUGGUUUCCAUGUCCAUGCUUUUGGAGACAACACAAAUGGGUGCAUCAGUGCAGGACCUCACUUCAAUCCCCACAACAAGAAUCAUGCCGGUCCUAAUGAUAAAGAGAGGCAUGUUGGUGACCUGGGGAAUGUGACUGCCGGAGCAGAUAAUGUUGCCAAGAUAGACAUCACGGACAAGAUAAUCUCCCUCACUGGCCCCUAUUCCAUCAUUGGCCGAACAAUGGUGAUCCACGAGAAGGCCGAUGACCUGGGAAGAGGAGGCAAUGAAGAGAGUCUAAAGACAGGCAAUGCUGGUGGCCGUCUGGCCUGUGGAGUCAUUGGCAUCACCCAGUAAACAAUCUGCCAAAUCUUGGAGCACUGGAAAUAGCUUUUUUUUCCCCUCAGCACUUAAUAAGACCAACAUAGCUACUUGAUGUGACAGUUUGUCCUUUUCAAUACUCUGUGGCUUUUUAUUGACUAGUCAAAGGAGUAGAUGAGCCAUGCUUUACCCUGUCCCCUCAUGACAAUUGUAUGUAUGGAUUUAUAUGUCUGACUAGUUUUGUUCCCAAAGACUUAGUUACGCACAAGUAAUAAACAGAUGUAAACAAUAUA